ACACUCUCUUUUAUUAGAAGAUUUAUGUUCGACGAGUAUCGGCUAACACCGGCCGAUAUAAGAGAAGCACCUCUUGGAGACGUCAACUACAUCAAAUCUGUAGGCUGGAUCACGAGCUAGGAGGACGCACAAUGGGCCUAGUGAGGCCUAAGUGCCGUGGGGGUAACCCACCCUCCACACGUUACAGAGAAGUUUGCACCUUCACAGGAGGUGAGCAUGACUUUGUAGCCAAAAAAACUGCCAAAUUUUUGCUUGUAGCUGGAAAACGAUGCGUCGGACGGAAAAUAUCAUUCCAUUCAAUAUUAAAAAGAACUAAAUUCUGCGUCAUAAAACUUUUAAUUCGGUUCAGUGGUAUAGCCAGAAUUAAUAGAGAUGGGGACAAAUUUUCAUUUCGGUGCAAACUUACAUUUUUCGGCUUUCUGAAGCAAGUACUCUUCUGCAGAUGAGGUGUUCACUGAAACAAUGACUGAAACCAUGCCGAAAGAACAAUUUUUCCCCAAUGACUAUAACAAAGAACGGCUUAUUUCCAUGCUGCUUGAGAAAUUGGUACAGCAUGGGUUUGAAGUCAGGAUAAGUAUUGAGGAUGCUGAUACCCUUAUUGUCAACACUGCCAUUCAAUUGGCCAGUAACUUUGCGACGGUCAUCAUAAUCGAGGAUGACACCGAUUUAUUGAUCCUAUUAACUACAAAAGCACCAAAUUCAUCAAACAUGUACGUCAUGAAACCUGGAAAGGAAACCUCCCAGAACACGUUCUGCUCACCCAGGUACUUCAACUUCUCGUCUGUUGUCAAACAGAACCUCCUGUUCCUACGUGCAAUCAGUGGGUGUAAUACAACUUCUGCAUUCUAUCGCCAAGGGAAGUUGAAAUUUGUCAAGCUACUUCAAAAGAACACGACAUUACAAGAGAGUGUCAACGUUUUUCAUCAUGCAGAUACUGAUGAUCCUGAGAUUCUCAUUUCAGCAGGUCAACUGUUUUUGGCAGCCCUCUAUUCACCUAACAGAUAUUUUCAAAAUCCCUAACAAAGCCAACUUUCAAUCUGGCCUGUCUACCUCCAACAAAUGCAGCCGCCGUCCAACAUAUUCUGCGGGUGUACCUUUAAGUCCAGGGCUGGUAUGCUAAACCAAAGGAUCCUCUCAGCUGGGCUUGGAGGAGGACAGACCUUGUUAUUCUCCCCAUCAUAAACACCAAGGAUCCAGCUCCAGCUGAAAUUCUCAACACAAUAUUGUCCUACAAAUGUACGAAGGAGUGUACAGGGAAGUGCAGCUGUCGAAUAGUAGGCAUGAAAUGUUCAACAAUAUGCCUCGACUGCAAAGGCUCGAAUUCAGCACCCUUCGAGGAUGAGAGUGUGAGCCACAUUGCCGUAGAAGCAAAAAUAGGUGAGUAUAGUCCCUUUGAAGAUGAUCCCGAUGAAGAGGGCUUCGAUUUGUAACCGCAUCUUCAGAGCUUCUCAGAUUAAGAGUCAUCAAUAACUUGCUACAAUCCCAAACUAAUUUUACUGAAUUAAACAAUAACAGUAGAUGUCGAAGUAAAAUUUGAAAAUUAUUGCCAUGUUCCCUGCGAGAGUUAUGCUAUACAUAAACAAAAAUUAUGAUUAUUCAAAUUUUAAAACAUUUCGAUUGCGUGACAAUUAUUGGUGUAAAGUUGUAAAAGUGGAUUUAAAUCUUAGAUAAAAGAAAAAAUUAAAUUCUACAGUUUGUAUAGUAGAUGAUGAGUGGUACCACCAUCUACUUCUGAUUCUCAAUUUAUUGAAGAUUUAGAAGAAAUUUGUGUUGUUUUAUUUUCUAGAAACUAUCGUUGUUAGUUGGCGAUUUUAAUGGACAAAAAAUAAAAAAAUUGUUUUCAUCUUAUUACUAACACUAGCAAAACUUUGGUGGAUUAUGUACUUUGUAAUCAAAACAAUAUAAUGGCUGGUGUGCACGAUUGUCCAAAAAUAACUGAUCAUUCUGUUAUUUCAGUGACUAUGUCUAAUAAUAAUAAUCAUUCUAGUAAUAAUAUAGUCAAAUUUAAGCUGUGGAAACCUAGAUAAAAUCAAAACUAGUGUUAUAAUGUGUCAUUUUAAUUUAGAUUCGGUUGAUGUUGAUACUAUUUAUCAGGAGUUUUUUGCGUAAUCAAUAAUAUAUCACCAAUAGAAACAUGCCAUUAUAAAUCAAAAUUGCACUGGUUUGAUUAUGAUGUAUGUAUUUGAUAAAAUUAGACAGCGUGGUAGGACUUUUAAAAAUUAUAAAAUAUGUAUUGAUGGCAAUGAAAAACAACAUAAAUGACAAGUUUAUAAGCAACAUAAAAAUGUGGUAGUGAAUACGUUGAAGCUAAAAAAGAGCAGUAUUACUUUAAUAAAAUAGAUAAGUAUAGAAAUAAUCCAAAACAAAUGGGGAAAACUUUAAAAAAAAUUGUUAAUGAUAAUAGCCGAGAUAAAGCAAACUCUGUAAUCUUUGAAACUACAGCAGAAAGAUAAUUGAAAGUAUUGAGAAUAUUGUAAUGUGGUCUAAUGUAAAUAAUAACAUAUUACAUUUUUGUUUUAAUGGUGUCUUUGCCUUUGACAACUUAGGUCAUUAGCCUUAUGUUCUAUAUAGGUUAUGGAUUGUACUAGUAGUCUAAUACUACAUAGUGCAGGAGUGCUAGUAAUCUAAUAACAUUUUAAAUGCUUUCCAUGCAGGAUUUAGACAAAUUAGUUAAUUUAAUUUCGCGCAAUACACUUUUCCACUUUUGAAAAGUGUGUUUGAACUGGUCAACUUUUCAGACUAGUCCGUCGUAUUUGUCUGCGGACUUUUUUGGGGACAUCACUACUUAUUAAAGAUUUAUUGGUAAUACAAAACUUUGUUAAAAUUAAAUUUUUUAUUUGUACUACUCGAAUCUCUAGUCUGGUUGUGUAUAUUUAACAUUGCAUAGCAAUAAAAAGUGCUGAUUUGGUACAAAAUUUCGAUAUUUUCUUACCUUAAAUGAUUUAAAAUAACUCGAAAAAGUCGAAAAAACCGAUUUUGAUAUGAUGCCAAAUUUCGAAUUUAAAAAUUAAGGUAUCUGUAUAACGUGAAAGUUUAUUCUGUAUAACUUUUAUUCCAUGGGUUUUUUAUAGGAGUAUCUGUUUUCAAGAUAUGUGGUCUUGGAAAGCCACAAAAUGUAAGUUUGCACCGAAAUAAGAAAUGGUCACCUCCUGGGAUGGUGCAAACUCAGAUUACACGCAUUUAGGACUAAAUAAAGGUAUUAAAACGAUUUCCAGCUUGCUGGAAAUUAAUUC